AUGUUCGUCCCUAAAGCCGGUGGUCGCAAUACUCGUCGACGCCAGCGAACAAGCUCAGAUGACUCUGUCAACCCACCGAAGGCCAAGAGACAGCGCUCCGUCCUGCGACGCCCAGACGAAUCCCCUUCCGAUACCAACCUUGGGCGUGAGCUCGCAAAAUUAGCAACCCCCACUGCGCCAAAUGGUGACCUUACCCCUACGGAUCAGAUCAACGCCGAGUCGCAUCUAUCAACCCGUGUUGUAAAACAAGGCGAUGGAUCUGUAAACAAUAAUGAGGGGACAAUCGUUCUGUCAAGCACCGAUUUUUACACCGUUGAGCAACUGCCCUCUUUGCCAGAUCAAAUUCGUGGCUUACAAUCAGAACCGCUCAAGUGCUUUUUCGGACCAGGUCAUGCUCACGCACUAGCUUUGACUCGCUCGCAUGCCAUCGUGUGGCCCUAUUCUGCGCCUGCUUCGUCCCCAUCUCCGUCGGAGACGUUCACGGUAUCGAUUCCGGAGUCUUGCAGAGAUCCCAAAGGCGCCGUCCCACUCGGAGUUCUAUUAUCCACGGCUACAGGAGACCACCCCGGGCUCUUGGUGAUCAUCCCAUCUACAGGAAAAGUCAUUUACUGGGAGACUGUGUCCAGCGCCGCGUCGCUGGGUUUAUCCCGACAAAAGCAGAAUGGCAUCCAAGGAUCCACCCCUGGCAUGCUUUCCGGUGAGUAUGCCACGGAAAUACUCAAUGCGGAGCCUUCAGGAAUCAUCGCUACAUUCUCGUCCGGGCGAGUGGCACACAUCACCCUGAGGGACCCCCAGGGAAAGCCUUCGGUGCUCGUGAAUUUCCUCAGAAGCACUGCAGGGACUGGAGGCGGUGGAAUUUUCGGGGGCAUCAAGAGCGUAUUCGCAGGCGGGUCCUGGAGAAAAGAGGUCACUGCCGUUCGGGCCGGUGGUUCCCACCAACGUGGCCAGCGAGAUGUCAUUAUUGCAACUUCGACCGGACUGGUUGAGAUAUGGGACACGCAUUGGAACCACGGGAAUACCCUCAAAAAACGAUACGAUCUCAAGGAUGAAAUCCUGGCGGCUCUCCCUGAAAAUCACACGAACUCGACAAAUGAUCCAGAGCUCAAAUUCGUGGACUUUGCGUUCUCUGCCCUGCAGUAUUCCGACGAUGCUGUUCAACUUUCCGAUGGGUCCUGGCGCCUCUUUCUGGUUGUCAGGUCGCCUCAAUGGUUAGAAACUAGGGAGCUAUUCGUGGUUCAAGUUCACUUGUCAGGAAACGAAUCUCGGGUCAUGUCAACGCAUGCUGUGGAUCUUCGCCAUAUUUCUCCAUCCCUCCUCGAAACCUCGAAACCCAAGAUAUUUGUCCCGAAGCCAGAAGAAACCGCGUUCAUCCUUAUUGGCCAGUCUCUUGUUAUCUUGUCGUUGACAAGUGUCGAAGAGAGCCCAUCCUCACAACUGCUUCUCGAUUCCAACAAGUUGCCUCUACCUUUCCAAGACAUCAUCCACUUGCGCUCUGGCACCGACCACGAAAUACUGGGCUCCAUCUCAGAGGACCAAUCGAACGAUACGCCUUGCGCAGCAUGUGUGCUCAUGCUUCGGAAUUUCGGUGUUAUUCGUGUGACGGCACUUCCUCGCCCUGGAACAGAACAGGAUGUCGACGAGCCUCAAGUCACAGCAAAGCACAAGCUUGAGCAGGCGGUUUUCUUUGGGACCAUGGCAAAGAAUCCGUUGAAUCUAUCCAGCGAAGGCGACUUGAACUUCCCUCCAUCGGAAAUGGAGCAAGCAUCUUUGGAAAUCUGCAGGGAGCUGCUUCAAUCCGAGACUCGCUUCAUUCCCACCACUGCUAUUUCACUAGAGCAAAAUCUCCGGUUGAGAGCAAAGGCACUGGAUGACCUUGCCUCAUUGCUAUCACGCCAAGGCAAUCCUUUGAGUCGACCGGCAAAGUGGGAGUUGCUGUGGGCUGCGGAAAAAAUUGCAGCACAAAGAGCCAUGUGGAAGAUUCAAGAGGCCUGCAAGAACAAGAAUGGAGACGAGGAGCCUUUCCUCGGCCAUGUCAUUGGAUCCAUGCACGAUAAAUUCAAGACCCCAAUCAACCCCCAACACGGAGAGACCGAUCCGGUGCGUCAAUGGUUCCUGAGAGACUCUUACCGCAUGGAGCAUAUCAUCCCAUGGAUCAAGAACGCAAUCAAGAUUGGCCGGGGCAACACUUCCAACCCUGCGCGUGCGUUGUCAGAGAAGAUCCUGGCAGCUAGUGAACUGUUCCUGGCUGUCACGGAGACUGCUUUCCGAUAUCGCGAUGAGCACGUUGUACUUUAUGGUCUUCGUGAGGACUUCCUGGAGGAUGGUGUGCUUUCCGAUGGAUAUGAAGAUCUUCCCGAGUUCUGGACAUCAAGAGCUGUUGGUUACUCUGAAGCAGGGCAUUUACUCGAUUUAGAACUGGAUAGUUGCCGGUCGUGGAAAACACCCGCAUCGGCUGCAGAUGCCCCUGACACACAUGUUUUGAAUCAAGUUGCGAAGAACAGCUAUCGACACCUUCGUGUGAUCGGUCAAAUGCAUCGCGAACGAACUCGAUGGCUUUCUGCCCAAGGAGAUCCCAAAUUAAUGGAUGAGAGUGUCGCGAUUGAGCAGACCCAUGUUGAAGACCGCAAAUGGCAACUCUUCAAGCUGGCUGGUAUCGAUCAUCUUGCCGAUGCGGUCGAGCUGGCAGAAAGCUUCGGAGACAUGGGAGCGUUGGUCGAGUUGAUCAUCGAGCUUCAAGACCAAAAGGCAAAUCAACAUUCGCGUUCAGAUCCCUCAAAUGAUGUUUCCAAUCAAACUGAGAUCGAUGCCGACCAAUUGAUCGCCAAGUAUUUCGACAAAUUCGGUGACCAAUGGGCGGAUGCAUACUUCUCCCGGCAAAUCGCGAUGGGUUAUCCAGGAAUUCUGUUUACCAUGCGAAAAUACCAAACUGCCAUCACUCGAUUCCUUCGAAGUAACCCCGCAUAUUCUCGCCUGAGCUGGAUUAACGAUGUCACCGGCGAAGACGACUAUGACACCGCCGCAGCCUCAUUGGAGAAUCUAGCGCUUGGUGAGAAAGACUUGUGGAGCCACCGGGUAGAGAUCUCGCUAGCCAAGCUAGGCAAACUAGCGACGCAGGAGCGAAUGGAUUCUCCCGUUGUGACUUCUACUUUGCAAGAGGAUGUGAAACGUCUUGAUGACUACGUUGAGGUCGAUGGGAUCCAAGACAUCCUCUAUGGGCACAUGGAGCCUAUUCUGCAGGGUGCUAUUGACCGAAAGGCAGAAGUUGAACUAGCGAUCGGUCACUAUGGAGAUCAUAUCUUCGAAGAUCGGCCAUCGCUUCAUGAAAUCUUGAGCGAUGCUCUCUCUACCUUGAUUGACCGGCAGGUUGUCGGUGCCGAUGGCCUGAUUGAUAUCUUGACCUUGAUGGGUCCUGCUCAGCUCGCAGAUGAUGGAGAGAGCGAGUUUGUACGAAGCGAGUUCCAUCUUGCCUUGCAGGCUCUUGACUAUGGACGAUAUGGCCAGCGAGACCCAUCCUACCUCAUGGCUUUGCAGAGGUUGAUCUGGCGACGGUGCUUGAUCAAAGAUGAUUGGGUAGCUCGGGGCAAGGCUGCUGAGGGGGCCAACGGCAAUACACACAACUCGGUCGCCGACACGGCGCUCUACCGAUCGCUAACUGCAUGCUUGGGAGAACCUCGAAAUGCUGGUCUGCACUCUCUCUACACACCUCUCUCGCCGGCAGAGGCUCUGAUGACUGAUUCCGAUUCCGAUAUUCUUGUCUCACGGUUCCGCCCAGAGCAAAAGUCUCGUGUGGCAUCCGAUCUUAAGACCGAAAAUGAUAUUUUGCGCGAGUGCAUUGAGGUCGGAAAACUUGAUUUCUGGUUCCAAAACCUCCGGGAAACUGCAGAGGUCCACAUCUCACCCCCGAAAUAG